GGGGUCCGGCCGGGCCCCUCGCUCCCCGCCGCCACCGCCGUUGGCCAACGUUGGCCGCCGUUGGCCGCCGUUAGCCGCGGUCAGGGCGGAGCUCCCGUCGCCCCCAGGGCGCUGCCUCAGCGGGAACCGAAAGCGAAGGAAAGGCGGCGGGAAACGGGGCGGGGGAUCCCCGGCGCCACUGGGGAAAGGCGGCAGCGCCGCGCCGCUGCCUGGCGGGGGAAAAACACGCGUGGGGCAGGACGGUGGGAACCGGGCGGAGGUGCGUGCGUGUGCCCCGUGAGCCCUCGGUGUGCCCCCGUGUGCGUGUGUGUGUGUGAGACUCUGGGUUGCUCCCGCCCCGAUGCCCCGGGCAGGGCAGCCGCGGGCGAUGCUGUGCUUUAUGCCCGGCGUGGCUUUCGUCCCCGCUUUGCUCGUCACCUGGUCCUCGGCCGCCUUCAUCAUCUCCUACGUGAUCGCCGUGCUGGCGGGACACGUCGAGCCCCUCGUCCCCUACAUCAGUGACACUGGAACUAAACCUCCUGAGAGUGGCAUCUUUGGCUUUAUGAUUAAUAUUUCAGCACUUUUAGGUGUAAUUACAAUGUAUAUCAGAUAUUUAAUAAUAAAGAAGCAAAAUGAAUCAUCGCACUUUAUUAGGUCUUCAUGCAACAUGUUCUCGUUAUGCAUUGGAUUGAUGGGUUGUACUGGAAUGGGCAUAGUUGCAACUUUUCAGGAGCUGUCUGUUCCCAGUGUCCAUGACAUAGGAGCUUUGGUGGCAUUUGGCUCUGGUGUUGUAUACAUAACGCUUCAAUCUAUAAUCUCUUACAAGUCCUGUCCACAAUGGAACACUUACUUUGUGUGUCACAUAAGGAUGGCCAUAUCUGUAAUAUCAUGCAUUGCUUUCAUUCCCAUGAUUGUAUUUGCUUCAAAAAUUUCGAUGACGAAAAUUGAUUGGACUCCAGGUGAAAAGGAUUAUACUUAUCAUUUCAUGAGUGCGAUCUGUGAAUGGACAGUGGCCUUUGGUUUUAUCUUCUUUUUUUUAACGUUCAUUAGAGAUUUUCAGAGAGUUUCAAUAAGGAUAUCAACAGAAAUACAUGAAGACUCCUGAUAGAGAAGAAAAUUAUAUUUUAUAUUGAAGAAUGUUCUAGGUUUCUUUUUACUUAUGGAGAAUGUUGCAGAGGGACAAGGAUUUUAAAUUUUAUAAAGAAACCAUGCCAUUAAUUCUGCAACAACUAUAACAGCAUCUACCAAAACAUUUUAAAUACUAGCAGCAAUAUUCCUGCUCUUUUUUUUUUUUUCAAAAUUUUGUAAUUUUAAUACUGUUUCAUAUAUUAAAAAUACUGCGAUAGAGGUAAUCUAUAGCAGCACUUCAAGGUCAUUAAAAAAUGUGGACCUUCUCAGGUCUUCCCUUUUGGACAUAGCCAUAUAUAGAUACAUAUAUUCAUUUGUUAUAGUCUGCUAAGUAACAUUAGUUUUAAACUUGAGAAAGUACAAUCUGCAAAUAGUUUGGAAUGUCUAAAACAUUAGACAACACUAAAACUGAAUUUCGGCUCUUAAGUUGCAAGAACUGUGGAGGAAGAUGUGAGCAGAAGCGGGCAUCUUUGUUUCAAGACUUGAGAUUUGCAGUUAGUGGGUUGGAAUACUAUGCUACGAGUUUGUGAUUGUGGAUGCUAUCCAAAUACAAAUCCUAGAAGAUUAAACUACUGCUUGAAAAAUGUUUUCAAAUCAUCGCUGCAAUAUAUGUUGUAAAAGUCUACUCCCUUUUUUCCCUGUUGUGCAUUGCUGACCAUGGGAAGCUUAAAACUGUUGUGGAAUAGAAAGGAAAUCUAUAUUUAUGCAGGAUCUACUAAAGAGAAGUCUUACUGCCAUCUGGUUAAUACAGAGCAGAAGUUUUCAAGUCUGUGUUUUAACCCACAAUGAUGGAACGAAGAGGUCUCCAAAAAGUCACUGAGAGUGAAUGGAAAACGAGAAGAGACACCAGUAGUUUUCAGGUAUUCAGUUAUACAUGUAUUAUAUAGAGAAGAAAAAAAAGAAAAAAGAAGCCUGGACAGCUUCUGUGGUUAAAGUAUAGCAUAGUUACUGCUAUAAAUGCACUUCUGUAAUGAAACUGUAACUGAGAAGUCAUAUGUUACAAGUACCUGGAGGCAAAAUGGUCUUUUAUGGACUGAUUCACUAACUCCGUUUAAUGCAUUAACCACUUGCCUAUCAAUCAAGUUCUGUGAAAAUCAAAUUUGCCACGGUGUAUUACAGUUUAAUGCAGAAACAUGCAUGAUUGUGAGUUGCUAAUUUUCCAUGAGAUAAAAGAAAUGUUUCUUUUGGAAAGUGAUGUCUUGAGACUAGUCUGGUGUUGGUAUUUCCUUUAAUGUGUAUUUUAAACUGUACUAAAUUCAGCUGUUUCACAACUUAAAGAGUCCAUGUUUUCUUUAUGUGUUCUCCAAAUAAAAAUAGUAAAAAUGUUUUCUA